UAAAUUUGAAACUGUACUGUAUCUACUAUAGUUAUUCUUUAUGAUGUUUAAUAAAUAGAAGCGAGAACUAAAAAAUUAUUGAUUUAAUAAUGGAGGAAAGUAAUUCAACGAAACAAGUAGACGAAGAAAAUUCAAAGGAAAUUAAUUGGAAAGAUUUGGGAAUUGUAGAUGCUUUGUGUAAAGCAUGCGAAGAUUUAAAGUGGAAAACUCCUACAAAAAUUCAGUACGAAGCUAUUCCACUAGCACUACAGGGCAAAGAUAUAAUAGGAUUGGCAGAAACUGGUUCUGGUAAAACUGCUGCGUUUGCUAUCCCCAUAUUACAGGCGUUAUUAGAAAAUCCUCAAAGAUAUUUUGCCUUAAUUUUAACACCUACCAGAGAACUAGCAUUUCAAAUAUCGGAACAAUUUGAAGCUUUAGGGUCAAGUAUCGGUGUAAAAUGUGCUGUAAUAGUAGGUGGCAUGGACAUGAUGUCUCAAUCAUUGUUAUUAGCAAAAAAACCGCAUGUCUUAAUAGCCACUCCAGGAAGAUUGGUCGAUCACUUGGAGAACACUAAGGGUUUCAAUUUACGUUCAUUAAAAUUUUUGGUGAUGGACGAAGCAGAUCGCAUUUUGAACUUAGAUUUCGAAGUCGAGGUAGAUAAAAUUUUGAGAGUAAUUCCUCGAGAAAGGAGAACGUUGCUAUUCUCGGCAACAAUGACCAAAAAGGUCCAGAAACUACAACGAGCGUCUCUGCAGAAUCCAGUUAAAGUGGAAGUAUCUACAAAGUACCAGACUGUUGAGAAAUUGCAACAAUACUAUAUAUUCAUUCCAGUUAAAUUCAAGGACGUAUAUCUAGUUCAUAUUUUAAACGAGCUAGCGGGCAACAGUUUCAUGAUCUUUUGCGCGACUUGUAACAAUACGGUCAGAACAGCUCUUCUUAUACGAAACUUGGGAUUUACUGCUGUUCCAUUACACGGACAAAUGUCGCAAAACAAAAGAAUAGCCGCUCUUACUAAAUUCAAGGCAAAAAAUCGAUCUAUUCUCAUUUCUACAGACGUUGCCAGCAGGGGUCUUGAUAUCCCUCACGUAGAUAUUGUAAUAAAUUUCGAUAUACCUACGCAUAGCAAAGAUUACAUACACAGAGUUGGUCGUACUGCACGUGCUGGCCGUUCUGGUCGAUCCAUUACGUUCGUGACACAGUACGACGUGGAGCUGUAUCAAAGAAUCGAACAAUUGAUAUCUAAACAGCUACCGUUGUACCCCACGGUAGAGGAGGAAGUAAUGGUCCUACAAGAAAGAGUAGCCGAAGCGCAACGUAUUGUAAAAAUGGAAAUGAAGGACAUCGAAGAUAGUAAAAAAUCAGGGAAACGGAAGAGACGUCAAGACGAUAACGAGGACGACGACACGGAACAGUCGUACGGUGUCAGAAAAAGAAUAAAGGGGAAAAGUAAUGGAAAGGGGAGAAAGGGUUGAAGGCUUAGUUUUGCUUUGUCAGACACGUUUGUUAAUUCUUAAUAAAUAACAUAAACACGAGAUGAUAUUUUUAUUAUCAUUGUCGUUUUGUUUUAUUUAUAAAUCAGACCGUCGUUCCCCUCAUACGU